AUGGAGUUUCUCUCUCCCUCUCUAAGUCGGUCAGUUUCUCUCUCGCCAUACCUUCAAGCUCAAUACCUUAGAGCCUCUACAGCUACCAUUCAUGGAGCCUUCAUUAUCCCCAAUUCAAGCCUCUACCGAUCAAUUAAGAGGAAGUUAGAGGAUCAAGGGGGAGCUCAGGAGAAGAUACGCAUAAUUAAAGAGGAGUCAUCUCAACCUACGCUCACAUCCAAUGGGAGGGAGGGAAGUACAGGGGAGGAGAUCGGUGGAACCGCCAAUCCGCCGCCUAAAUUACCUGAGAAGGGGUCAAUCAGCCAGGAGAGGAGUAAAGCGGGGGCUGCUAUAGGAGAUCCGGGUAUUAAAUAUUGGAAGGUAAGGGAAGCAAAUAGUUAUGGAACCCCUCGUGCGAUUUCCCUAUGGCUUAGAGCAACAGAAAGAAUUUACUGCCACAGAGCACCUAAGGCAGGGAGAGGGUUCUACCUGGCAAUGAUUGGGCCUGACGGCCACCUACCAUUGAAGCAAGAGUCUGCAGGGCUGAACCAUGCAAGAAAUUAA